CACGUCAAUAUGAUAAAUGAUUUCAAUAGUUGGUAUAAAACACAACCACUUUUUACAAGAACAUAUGUGAGUGUUUUAGUUUUAUUUGGAAUAAUUGGAAAAUUCAAACCAUCAUAUUUGUGGUAUAUAAUGUUUGAUGCUAAUAAAAUAUUAAGUCUCUAAGUAUUAAAAAAAUGUAAAAUUAGAUUCAUAGAUUAUUUACUCAUUUCUUUUUUAGUGGCACAUUAAGUUUUAGUUUUAUUUUGCAUUUGUUAUUUAUAAUAUUUUGCAUAAAAAACUGUGAGAUAAUGUUUGAAGGAUCUAAUUAUGCAGAUUUCUACUAUAUGAUUCUUUACUUUUUUAUAACAGGAGAUGUAAUAAAAUAGAUUAUAUAGAUUAUGAGUUGGUUAUUUGAUUAUGGAUUUCUAUCAUCUGCAUUUUGUUUUGCAUUAAUUUAUGUAUGGUGUAAAAGAAAACCAUUUGAAACUGUGAGAUUUUAUUUUGGAUUUUAAUUUAAAAGUGAAUAUUUUCCUUGGGUUUUAAUUGGUUUUCAUGCAAUAACAGAUUAAGAUAUCGUCUAAGAUUUAAUUGGUUUAGGAAUUGCCCAUUCAUAUUUAUUAUUGAAAGAUUUCCUUCCAGUUACACAUAGUAUUGCACUAUUAGAAACACCUUAAUUUUUGUAAAGAUCUUAUAUUUAUAUUAUUUUAGUAAAAAUUUUGUGAAUAAACAUAUUGUUAAAUAUGCACCUUUCGCAAGAAACAGAUUUAAUUAAUAAUUCUAGUAACCAUAAAGAUAAAAUUUCUUUUAAGGAUAAGGUAUACGUUUAGGAUGA